AUGAGGGAAUGCAUCUCGGUCCACAUCGGCCAGGCCGGCGUCCAGAUCGGCAACGCCUGCUGGGAGCUGUACUGCCUGGAGCACGGCAUACAGCCCGACGGGCAGAUGCCCUCGGACAAGACCCUGGGCGGCGGUGACGACUCCUUCAACACAUUCUUCAGCGAGACAGGCGCCGGGAAGCACGUGCCCAGGGCGGUGUUCGUGGACCUCGAGCCCACUGUAGUUGAUGAGGUGCGUACGGGCACCUACCGGCAGCUGUUCCAUCCAGAGCAGCUCAUCACGGGUAAGGAGGACGCGGCGAACAACUACGCGCGGGGCCACUACACCAUCGGCAAGGAGAUCGUGGACGUCGUCCUGGACAGGAUCAGGAAGCUGGCGGACCAGUGCACCGGACUCCAGGGCUUCCUGGUGUUCCACUCGUUUGGUGGCGGCACCGGCUCCGGGUUCACGUCGCUGCUGAUGGAGCGCCUCUCCGUAGACUACGGCAAGAAGUCCAAGCUGGAGUUCUCCAUAUACCCCGCUCCUCAGGUGUCGACCGCAGUUGUUGAGCCGUACAACUCUAUCCUCACCACGCACACCACCCUGGAGCACUCGAACUGCGCCUUCAUGGUCGACAACGAGGCAAUUUACGACAUCUGCCGGCGGAACCUCGACAUCGAGAGGCCCACGUACACCAACCUCAACCGGCUCAUUGGUCAGAUCGUGUCCUCCAUCACGGCGUCGCUGCGCUUCGACGGCGCGCUGAACGUGGACCUGACGGAGUUCCAGACCAACCUGGUGCCGUACCCGCGCAUCCACUUCCCGCUGGCCACGUACGCGCCCGUCAUCUCCGCCGAGAAGGCCUACCACGAACAGCUCACCGUCGCCGAGAUCACCAACGCGUGCUUCGAGCCCGCCAACCAGAUGGUAAAAUGCGAUCCCCGUCACGGAAAAUACAUGGCAUGCUGCAUGUUGUACAGGGGCGACGUGGUGCCGAAGGACGUGAAUGCGGCCAUCGCCACAAUCAAAACCAAGAGGACCAUCCAGUUCGUUGACUGGUGCCCCACAGGAUUUAAGGUGGGCAUCAACUACCAGCCCCCCACCGUGGUGCCCGGCGGCGACUUGGCCAAAGUGCAGCGAGCCGUCUGCAUGCUGUCCAACACCACCGCCAUCGCCGAAGCCUGGGCCAGACUCGACCACAAGUUCGACUUGAUGUACGCCAAACGCGCAUUCGUGCACUGGUACGUCGGCGAGGGAAUGGAGGAGGGCGAGUUCUCCGAGGCCCGCGAGGACUUGGCCGCCCUGGAGAAGGACUACGAGGAAGUGGGCGUCGACUCCACGGAGGGCGAACUGGACGAGGAGAAUGAAUAC